AUGGUCUCCUCGCUGCAGCCAAUCAUAAUAGGUGUCGGAGAUAUCAAGAACCAAUCACCUAAACUCGAGGAUGCGCUCGAGCCAGCAGACUUGAUGGUCAAGGCCAUUGAGACCGCACUCUCAGAUACGGGUAUAGAUCAACCGAGUCUUCAAGCGCUCCGAGAUGCGGUUGACUCCAUCGAUGUCGUACAAUCAUGGACGUGGCCAUAUCCAGACAUCGUGGGCACGCUGUACGAGAAGCUCAACGUCACCAGAGGAAAUGGAUCAAUGAGCAAUCAUGGCGGAAAUGAACCAGGAAAGCUGUUGGAUGAAGCUGCGCGGAAAGUCGCAGGUGGCAGGAGCAAGGUUGCUGUCAUUACGGGUGCGGAGGCUCUGGCUUCUCUGAGUGCGUUCGCGGCAGCGAAGAAGAUGCCCCCACCUGGAUGGAGCAAGCCGGCACAAAAUGUAGAGUCAGUGUUUUCACCCACGAAUCGCGACCUUGGAAAACACUUAGGUGCCAGGCAUGGCAUCGGGAAUCCUAUUCACAUCUAUCCUUUGUAUGAGAAUGGCUUUCGAGCGAUCCGCAAACAGUCCCUGCAAGAUAAUACCACCGAGUCAGCACAACUGUAUGCCGAUUUCGCCAAAGUCGCAGAACAGCAACCUUACUCCUGGAACUAUGGCAAGCCAGCAAAGACUGCAGAGUUCAUUGGGACUCCUUCAAGGAAGAACAGAAUGAUCUGCGCUCCAUAUCCGAUGCUGAUGAAUGCAUUCAACACAGUCAAUCUUUCUGCGGCAGUAAUCCUUACUACUACUGAGUUCGCCAAAUCUGUCGGCGUACCUGAGGAGAAAUGGAUAUAUCCACUUGGUGGAGCUGGCACUGCUGACGCCGAUGAGUUUUGGGAUCGUCCGAACUUUUUCUCCAGUCCAGCGAUAUCUAGAUCCCUCACGACUGCGCUAGAGGUCUCUGGGCUGACGAAAGACGACAUUGACCUGUACGAUUUCUACUCAUGCUUCCCAAUCGUGCCGAAGCUGGCGUGUGAGCAUCUUGGCCUACCGAAAGUAAACCCACCGAAGCCAAUCACGCUUCUUGGUGGAUUGACAUCAUUUGGAGGCGCAGGCAACAAUUACUCCAUGCACGCAAUCUCCGAAAUGGUGCGGCAAUUGAGAGCGAAAAAAGGGACGACCGGUCUGAUACUGGCGAACGGUGGUGUCCUGUCAUAUCAGCAUGUCGUAUGCCUCUCGUCCACCCCACGAGUAGACGGGGCGGCAUAUCCGUCAAAGGCACCCUUAUCAGCACACAUCGACGUGCCUUCACCGGAAGUCGACGAAGCAGCUGAUGGCGCAGCAGUAGUCGAGACAUACACCGUCGAAUACAACCGGGAUGGUACGCCUGGAAACGGCUUCGUGGUAGGACGAGUUCUUGAUACCGGACAUCGAUUUAUUGCGAAUCAUGCUGAUGAGCAUACCCUACGCCAGUUGGCAAGCGAUAGAGUUGAGCCUAUUGGGAGGACCGGUCGGGUGUUUCCAGACAAGGAGACAGAGGGGGUCAAUCUGUUCACAUUUGAUGCGACGCCGAAGUUGUCCCCUCAGCAGUCACUCAGUUCAACAUUCACGAUGCCCGCAGCAACAACCACAAACAUCCUCAUUAUCGGCGGCACUGGAGCCAUUGGAAAACCUAUCACUGGCGCAAUUCUUGACUCCAAGAAAGACUUUGGUCGCGUCGCGCUCUUUACCUCAGAAAGAACAGUGAAAGACAAGUCCGACCUGCUUGAACCAUGGAAGGCACGAGGUCUUGAACUCAUAACUGGCGACAUCACGAAAGAUGACGAUAUUCUCGAUGCAUACAAAGGCUUCGACACAGUCGUCUCAGCCGUCGGCCGGAACGUGAUCGAUUCCCAAAUCAACCUCAUCCGCCUCGCUGAACAGUCGAGCAGCAUAAACCGCUUCUUCCCAUCCGAAUACGGUACCGACAUCGAGUACUUCCCGCACUCGAACACGGAAAAACCGCACCAGCUCAAAUUGAAAGUGCGCAAAUACAUCAAGGACAACGUCAAGAGGCUGGAAUACACCUACCUUGUCACCGGGCCUUAUGCAGACUUCUACAUUGGUCGGGGACCCAAAGAUGCCGGCGACUUUGAUGUCGUAGCAAAAGAAGCCACUUUGCUAGGCGACGGCCAAGGGCGAAUUAGUCUUACGACGAUGGCGGAUGUCGGAAAACUGCUCGUUGCGGCGCUCAAGCAUCCCGAGGAGAGUAAGAACCGGGCCUUGAAGGUCAAUUCAUUCACAACCAGUCCGGCUGAAAUACUGAAUGAGUACGUGACUCAGACAGGCGCAAAUUGGAACUCGAGCCUCAUUCCGCUGGAGAAGCUGAAGGCGACUGAGGAGAAGGCGUGGGCAGAUGGCGAUCCGAAAGCGACGGUGUAUACGCUGCGACGGAUUUGGACUGAAGGAGGUACGUUGUAUGAGGAGAGGGAUAACAAUAAGAUUGAGGCGCCGCAGAUGGACAAUUUGGAGACGAUGGUAAAGAUGCAGAUUGCGCAGCAGUCGGCGAGUGGUUCAACAACGACGUAG